GUGUGUCCUAUGUGAACCUGCCGUGAACCGUACCCUACAGCUCUACGCUGAACCUCUCCACUGUUUGCGCCAAUGCACCCCAGCUGUGAAGAAAUUACACCUCCUCAUCUGGUACCAGGUUGGGGAGGAGCUGGAUUCUUCCCUGAAUCACUCUGCCAGGGACCUGUGUUCUGAAUCACUCUGCCAGGGACCUGUGUUCUGAAUCACUCUGCCAGGGACCUGUGUUCUGAAUCACUCUGCCAGGGACCUGUGUUCUGAAUCACUCUGCCAGGGACCUGUGUUCUGAAUCACUCUGCCAGGGACCUGUGUUCUGAAUCACUCUGCCAGGGACCUGUGUUCUGAAUCACUCUGCCAGGGACCUGUAUUCUGAAUCACUCUGCCAGAGACCUGUGUUCUGAAUCACUCUGCCAGGGACCUGUGUUCUGAAUCACUCUGCCAGAGACCUGUAUUCUGAAUCACUCUGCCAGGGACCUGUAUUCUGAAUCACUCUGCCAGGGACCUGUAUUCUGAAUCACUCUGCCAGGGACCUGUGUUCUGAAUCACUCUGCCAGGGACCUGUAUUCUGAAUCACUCUGCCAGAGACCUGUAUUCUGAAUCACUCUGCCAGAGACCUGUAUUCUGAAUCACUCUGCCAGGGACCUGUAUUCUGAAUCACUCUGCCAGGGACCUGUAUUCUGAAUCACUCUGCCAGGGACCUGUGUUCUCAAUCACUCUGCCAGGGACCUGUAUUCUGAAUCACUCUGCCAGGGACCUGUAUUCUGAAUCACUCUGUCAGGGACCUGUGUUCUGAAUCACUCUGCCAGGGACCUGUAUUCUGAAUCACUCUGUCAGGGACCUGUGUUCUGAAUCACUCUGCCAGGGACCUGUGUUCUGAAUCACUCUGCCAGGGACCUGUAUUCUGAAUCACUCUGUCAGGGACCUGUAUUCUGAAUCACUCUGUCAGGGACCUGUGUUCUGAAUCACUCUGCCAGGGACCUGUAUUCUGAAUCCAAUUCAAUGGUGCAAUUAACGACUUCUCAGGCUGAGGAGUGAGUUUACAAAUCCAUACCUGUUAAAGUCCACAAUCACCAUCUCUUCAUAAAUGUAUUGUACCCAAAGGAAGAGACUGCAGCUGAGCAGAGUCAUAUUCCUCCUGUCUGGUGUUCUACUGUGUUGUCUCUACCAGCUGUCUAUCACCUCCAAGCUCUCCCCAGGACCCUGGCCCCAUGCCCUGCCCCAAAUAGGUGAGGGGUCUGGGGAUGGAGAGGGACUGACAGGGGCCCUCCUGGAGGAAGUUGCAUUGGAGACCUUAAGGGAGGGGGGACGCAGUGUUGACACACAAGAGGAGGAAAUUAUAGAUUUGGUGACAACUGAAGUGUCCGAUUAUUACUCAGAGACGACUACAGAUGAUGUCACACCAUCCACUACCACUGAGGUCUCAUCAUCAUCAGUGACUACAAUCCGGACUAUCGUUCACUGUAUAUAUGUAGACCUGGAGCCUCCCAUUCAGAUCCCCACCCUUCCCAACCCACCACCCACCCAUCUAGUCCCCAACACCACCCAAUCCUCCCCUGCCGACCCGGGGGACGCCCCUCAUCAGAAAGGAGAGUACCCGACUGAUAUCUUCUCCGUGGAGGACCGGAGACGAGGCUGGGUGUCGCUCCACAUCUUCGGGAUGAUGUACAUGUUCGUCUCACUCGCCCUUGUGUGUGACGAAUUUUUUGUCCCUGCGCUCGGCGUCAUCACAGACCAGCUCGCCAUCUCCGACGACGUUGCUGGGGCAACCUUCAUGGCGGCGGGAGGUUCCGCUCCGGAGCUGUUCACCUCUCUGAUUGGCGUGUUCAUCUCUCAUAGCAAUGUGGGCAUCGGGACGAUCGUGGGGUCGGCGGUGUUCAAUAUCCUGUUCGUCAUCGGCAUGUGUGCCAUCUUCUCCAAGGAGAUGCUGCACCUCACCUGGUGGCCCCUGUUCAGGGACGUCUCCUUCUAUAUCAUAGGCCUGAUCAUGUUGAUAAUCUUCUUCCUGGACAACACCAUCAUGUGGUAUGAGAGUAUAAUGCUGGUGGCUGGCUACAGCUCCUAUGUCUGCUUCAUGAAGUACAACGUUCAGCUGGAGGCAGCAUUCAAGAACCAGCUCAGGAAACAUCAGCACAUCAUUAAUAUCAUCACUGUGGCUGUUGAGGAUGAACCUGAUAAGGAUGAGACAGCAGGUCAGAAUAGUAGCCCUCCUGCCCCAGAAGACAAGAGACUCUUAAAGGUAAACAACUAG